AUGGCUCUAGAGACUCAAAUCGACACUGCCACUGUCAGCAAUACAGUACCGUUCACCUCCAGUGUUACGACAUCGUCCAAUGUCGUACACGAUGCAGCUCCGGGUCUUCUACAUCGCUCCCUCGUUGAGUGCCCUUUCAAAGUCACUGAUGCCUCUGGAAGCUACUUGACUCUGUCCGAUGGACGUAGAAUCCUCGACGGCUGUGGUGGUGCCGCUGUUGCUAUACUUGGCCAUGGCAAUCAAGAAGUCAUCGAGGCCACGGUGGCCCAAAUGCAGAAGGUAUCCUACGUUCACACUGGUACCUACACUACAGACUCCGCUGAAGACCUGGCCGAGUGCAUACUGUCCGCCCCUCACGGCAUAUUCCAACACGGCCUUGAGAAGGCGUAUUUCGUGGGUAGUGGCAGCGAAGCUGUGGACACCGCUAUGAAGUUGGGCCGUCAGUUCUUCUGGGAGCAAGGUCAGACUCAACGCGUACAUUUUGUCAGCAGACGGAGAUCCUACCAUGGGAAUAGUAUAGCUUCCAUGUCGAUAUCGACCAAUCUCUCGCGCAAGACGCCCUAUGAUGGAGCUAUUACCCUUCCCCAUGUCUCCUACGUCUCGCCAGCUUACGCUUAUCGAGGCCAGCGCGAGAACGAAUCCGAGAGUUCGUACGUGGCUCGCCUCAUUGGGGAACUUGACGAUGAAUUUCAGCGCAUCGGUCCUAAUAGGAUCGUUGCAUUUUUCGCCGAGACCGUCGUCGGUGCCACAGCUGGCUGUGUCCUCCCGCCUCAGGGAUACUUUACUGCAGUCCAAGGGCUGUGCAACCAGUAUGGAAUCCUCCUCGUACUCGACGAAAUAAUGUGCGGCAUGGGUCGUACCGGCUCUUAUUUCGCAUUUGAGCAGGAAAACGUUCAACCGGACAUUGUAACGAUCGGAAAGGGCCUGGGCGGCGGCUAUGCGCCCGUGGCAGGCGUGUUGAUCAGCAAAAAGGUCAUCGACGUGCUCCGUCAGGGGUCGUCCGGGUUCAACCAUGGUCACACGUACCAAGCGCAUCCUGUCUCGUGCGCUACGGCCCUCGCGGUGCAGAGGAUCUUGCAUCGAGACAGACUAGUUGAGCGAUGCGCGGCGAUGGGUUCACAGCUCGAGACUCUGCUACGGUCCACGUUCCAGGGCUGCAAAUACGUGGGUGACAUUCGAGGUCGCGGUCUUUUUCAAGCAAUUGAGUUUGUAGCCGAUCGGAAGGACAAGAAACCACUUCGGCCGAGCUUACUUUUCGCGACAAAGGUUCAACAGGCGACGUUCCACAGAGGUGUUGCAGUCUAUCCUGGCCCGGUGACGACCGAGGGCUCGGACGGGGACCAUGUGCUUAUUGCGCCACCGUAUAACAUUAGCGCAGAAGAUAUCUCGAUUAUCGUGAAGGCACUCAAAGAAGCGUAUGACGAGGUGGAGGCACAGGUAGAUUUGGGGUGCGACUGCGUAUUGUCAGAGCCUCGUUGA